AUGAGAGGUGACCAGACCCCGGUGGCCACCAUUGCCAGACUGGAGGAGGAGACAGCUAAAAUUUUUUGCCAGUGGGCUCGCGCCAUGGCAAAAGUUGGACGCGGUCAGGACAUUCAUAGUCCCCCAGCUGGAUUUCAACCUCAGGACGGCGAGGAUCAAGAAGACCUCCCUGAAGGGGCUGGACUCCUUGAUGAGGGCGGAAGGCAAGAGGACACACUCGGCCUCCCCUCGCGAGCCAGCGUGGAGCUGGUCGAGCUCCCACCAUCGUGGGGCGGCGCGGGUUUGCUCCCUAUCGCCGAUCAAGCCGAUCUAGCCGCGGUAGGGCAUGCGUUCCGGCUCCUGACCUCACCUGACCCGAAGAUCUCCCGUCUUGCCCUGGAGGGCCUAGCCGUUUCUGCUGGGCAUCGCUCUGCUGCCCGGGUUGACGUUGGACUACUCGUCAACUACCUCAACGGGGACGUGGCGGGGAACUCCAACGUGACCACCACCUUCUCUGCGGCCCGGACGGCGAGAAACCGCCUCUCCAAGCGACUGCCCACGCUCCGGUGGGGGUGGAGUGAGGAGCGGCGUUCAUUCCAGCUCACGAUGCCUGGUGGGAGGCGGCCAAUCACCGUGGACGGGAGGAGCCGGAGGUCCUUGGCUUCGGCACUGCGACGUGCACUGCAGCUCCACGGCCGGGCUACCCUUGCCGCGAAGCCGGACCAAGGCAGGGUGGCUCGAGUCGUGACGACUUGCCCUACCUCCAAUCACAUGAUGCGCGGAGGCCGCCACACCCGAUUCGCCGACUGGAGGUUCAUUCACCGGGCCAGGCUCAACACCUUGCCACUGAACGGGUGUAGGAGGUGGGGCAAUGAAGACCGCCGCUGCAGAAGAUGUGGUAGAUUUGAUGAGACGACUGCCCACGUGUUAUGCCAUUGCCUUCCUAUGAUGCCUGUCAUAACGAGACGACACGACGCCAUCCUGGAACUUCUGACAUCGGAGAUCUGUGGGCACCCUCAGGAGGAGACUCGUCUGGACAAGAGGGUGCCGUUCCAGGAGCUGGUGCCAGACGUGGAGGUCCCGGAGGAGGUGGCCAGUUGCCGACCGGACAUCGUGACGAUCGACCGGAGAAACAAGAUUUCGGUGACGACGGCCAGGGAGAGGAAGACGGAGAAGUACGCUCCUGUGGCGCGACUGCUCUCGGCUGGGGGCUACCGCACAACUGUAGACGCCUUCGUGGUGGGGUCCCUAGGCGCCUGGGAUUCCGCCAACUGGACCACCCUCAGCCGCCUGGGAGUUGACCGCCGCAGGGGUGCUGCCCUGGCCCGGCGCUGCGUCUCCGAGGCCAUCAGAUGGAGCCGGGAUAUCUACGUGGAGCAUGUGACAGGCAUCCGGCAGUACGUGGGUUAG